AUGGAUGCUGCAAAACCAGUGGCUACUCCCUUGGCUGUGAACACUAAGAUGAGCAGAAUAGGUACACAAAAAUUUGAAGAUCCAACUCUCUAUCGCAACGUCUGUGGAGCAUUGCAGUACCUAUAUCUCACUCGCCCUGAUAUUGCAGUCGCAGUUAACAAGGUAUGCCAGUUCAUGCAAGAUCCUUACAUAGAGCAUUGGGAGUUAAUCAAGCGCAUACUCAGGUAUCUCAAGCACACAGUUCAACAUGGUCUGGUUUUGCGAAAAUCUUCAGAUAUUAGCUUUCAUGCUUACUCGGAUUCUGAUUGGUCUGGGAAUCUGGAUGAUUGA